UCUCCACACGUCGUUUGGCAAACAGAAGGAACGCGGUGAUGCGCUUGCUCUAUUACAGGGGGCAAGCAGGAUAUUUUUGUGUCGAUGCCUAGCAUUCAGUAAGCUUGGCGACGAGUGCUCUUCUGCUCCAUUCUCUUAAGGCUGACAAUCGCCUGCCUCCCUCACUACGGCCAGUUAAAAUGGCCUGUGCGUAUGCGCAAGCAAGGCUGCUGCAGACCACCACCGCUUUGUAAAUACAUCAAUACAGGGCGCAACAGUGCAUGUCGGGAUCAGUAGUCCGUAGUGCCGCCUGUUUUUCGAGAGAGGGCGGUACAGGAGAACUACAAUUCCCGUGAGCGCCGGUGGACGGAGAGAGACGAGGGCGGAGGAAAAUAGUGCGAGCACCCUCGGUUGCUGCUUUUGCUACUUUACUGCAGCGGCAAUAAGGAAGCGGCUGAAAAGUCUCUCGCAUAUGACAAGGAAGGGAGGCAGCGGAGUGACCUGUCGGUUGCUUUGAUGAGAGGAGGGAGCUGGAGCUUUAAUUACUUCAAGCGGGGAGAGAGCGAAGGGGCUUGCGGUGCUUUUGCAGGAGGGGCAGCGACUUGCUUGUCCUGGCAAGCCGAGACUCGUGUUCGCUUUUUUUACACAGAGAAAGCCGGCGGGGGCGGGGAGGAGAGUUGUGUUUUCCUCUCCUCUCUCCGCACCUUCCUGGUGUCAAACUGAAGGGAAAGCUCCGUGAACUCCUGACGCAGGAGUUCAGACGGGCCAGGGCUUAAGCGCUCCCGCACGGUGUGUGGGUUCAGCUACCUGUCUCUGCAACGCCCCGCGGAACUUGCUUGGCCCAAGCGGUGCUAGAGGGAGCUAGCCCCCCCGCCCCACCUUCUCCCCUUCUCCUGCUUGACAAAAGCAGCCACGGAGGCGGUGUCUAAGUGCGGGAGCCGCAACGCCGCCUAGUUGAGUUACUUUACUUUCGAGGCUGCCGCCGGAGCCCAGUCCGGGCAGGGCAUGAACGGCUUCGGCCCCGAAGAAGUGACCCGCGGCGGGGGAGAAGCCGCCGCCGUGCCUGCCGUGGUGGCCAGCGCUGCGGCCGCGGUGGAAGUCUUGCCGCCCCCGCCGCCCCUCCCGCAGCCGCCAGCCGGGCUCGGGGCUGCUUCCUCCGCUGCCGCGGCAACCGCAGCAGGCUCGGCAGGUCCCCCUGGCGCUGCUGGCCCCGGCGCAGGGCAACUGUGCUGCCUGCGGGAGGAAGGCGAGCGGUGCAGCCGGGCUGCGGGCAACGCCAGCUUCAGCAAGCGGAUCCAGAAGAGCAUCUCGCAGAAGAAGGUCAAGAUUGAGCUGGACAAGAGCGCGAGACAUCUUUAUAUUUGUGAUUUCCACAAAAACUUGAUUCAAAGUGUUCGAAACAGAAGAAAGAGAAAAGGCAGCGAUGAUGAUGGUGACUCACCAGUGCAAGAUGUUGACACUCCAGAGGUUGAUCUCUUUCAGUUGCAAGUAAACACACUAAGAAGAUACAAAAGGCACUUCAAGCUACAGACCAGACCAGGACUUAAUAAAGCACAGCUUGUUGAAAUAAUUGGGUGUCAUUUUCGGACUAUUCCAGUGAAUGAAAAGGACACCUUAACCUAUUUCAUCUACUCUGUGAAAAACGACAAGAACAAAUCUGAUCUAAAAAUGGAUAGUGGUGUUCACUAAAUAAGCAGAUUUGUGAUUUGCAGACAUAAAGACUGUUUUGGAUAUGCUGAAGCUUUCUUUGUAACUGGUAUUCAGAGGGAUAAUUCUGAUGUUAUUUUUCAUGGGGAAAAUACUGCUCAUAAAUGAUAUUUCUGUGGUAAAAAUAUUUUAAAUAAAUACUAUUGAUGUUGUAGCGUU